AGAGAACCAAUCCAUCUCAAUGCCAAUAAGCAUUCUUUUAGUUUCUACGGCAACAAACCAGCCCAUAGUCUAAGCAACCCUAAUGCAGCCCAGUAACGCCAACCAUUUCUUCCCGUAGAACAAGCAUGGACAGGCAGACGAGAGAGUGGAGGGGUUUUGCUUAGCUUCUUGACAGAAAGAAAGAAACAGACAAAGAUGGCGGUCCAUGGUGCAAGAAGAACCCUUCAAUUUUCUUCAGCUUCUGCAAAAGCCCUUUUAACCCUUUCAACACCAACAACAAAAACGAUAACUUCCCCUUUUGCUUCUAAAGCCGCCAGCUUGAGUGGACUCUCUUAUAAGCCCUCCUCUGCUAUACGAUUAUCCCUGCACAAGCUCAACUUCUCCAGGCUUCCUGUGGAGUUGGGUGGUGCAUUGUCCUUGAUUCCAUUGCAUAGUGUUACAGCCUCUGCCUUGUUCACCUCAUUACUAUCAUUGCACAACGACACUUGGGGAUGUCUAUCUGAAGGAUUUGCAACACCUCUAUAACAUGGCUUGUGGACUUCCAUCAUGGCUGCCAGCAGGACGAUCAUUAGAAGGUGUUAUGUAACAAUUUUUUUUAACAAUUAAACUAGCGUUUCAAAGUGAUCCAGAUGAAUAUUUGUUUCUUUGAAUGAUAUAUUCUCAGGAGUAUCUUGAGUGUGAAAGAAAUACAAAUUACUGAAUAACUAGCCAAUUUGCAUUAUUAGUUGCCAGUACAUUUUGUGGCAUUUACCCCUCUUUCUCAAAUUGCUAGUCAUUCUGUAUUCUUGAAGGAUGAAUGGCUACCACUGAGGUAGCAAUUUUGAAAGUUAUUAAUGGCUGCUUAGCUUGUUCA